AUGCCCACGCUCACGGAUAGCUCUACCAGCUGGGUCGAGAGGCAGGUGAGCCAACUCGACACCGUGUGGGCUGACUUAAGGGUAAUCCAAGCCGAGCUCGCUGGUUAUGGGGAUGUGAACAGUGCUAUCAAAUUGGUUCGGCUCUUGAAGCCUUCGGAAGAUCACCCACUGAACCAGCUCAUGAAACGGUUCGAACCAUUGGAAGAAAGGUUGCAUAAGAAAAUCGACUGGACAAAUCUGGAAGAAUGGAUCAAGAACGCGCAAAACCAGCUACGCGAAGAAGUCGAAAGGUUGGCCUGGAUGUACCAGCUGCUGAAGAUCAACUUUUCGGAGUUGGGGCUCGAGGAUGCACAUACCGAACUCUUAGAACACCCGCUUUGGCGUUCGCUUGACCGUCUCUUCGGGCCAAACUGGCAAACGCGAUCGUCAGAAAUGCACCGCGCCAUGGGCAUCGACUUAACAUCAUCCAAUUCGAUUCCUAUGGACAGGGAACAAUUCUGGCGGGCUGUUUCCCGGCGUGAGAAGCAGGUUCUGCAGGAUCUGGACAAGCUCGAACUGAAGCAGGAAUACCUACCCGCCUUUCGAAGGAGCUGGGCAGGGUUGAGUACGGAUGCUAGGAAGCAGGUUCUCCUGAAAUAUCAGCUUCCCUGGAUCCAAAGUGCUCAUAUCUAUGCCUACCUGAAGGGGCCCGAAGACGGUCGUUCAACUGCUCUUCAUCCCUAUCAGCCAUUCAAUUGUGUUGACCUCUCGGAGAGCGACGUCCUACCAUCUUUGCUGGAAACGCGGUGCAAGGUGCCACCGCAACAUUUCCUUCGCCUGGAUGGUCGUUAUUCGACCUUGGGUCUUCUUGCAGGGCGGAACACUCCCAUCGCGGUGGAAGGAGUAUUGUUCUUGAAGCUCCACAACGGAUCUUCCGGUGAGGCGGGGGCGCGUCGGGUCUACAGAGAUACUGUCUCCGAGCUCGCAGAUCACGAAGCACUAACAUGCGUUAAUCCGAGCGUUAUUACUCCUAGCGUGUUCUUCUGGCAGCUCGAAGCGCAAGAGAAGGUCUACCGGUUCCUGGGCUGCUUGGCGGACACGAUAAAUAACACGUCGAAGGCUCAAGUGGGAGAUGAGCCGUUCCCGGUCGACAAUGGUGACGCUGAAAGAACCCCUCUCAUUGAUCGCUUCUCCCGGCCCAACUAUCUUUCCCACACCAUGAGUAUUAAUCUGGAGGAUAUGGGAGAUGUCAUCAGAACAUCACUUGACGAAGCAAUGGACCAUUUGCUGCAGGCUCGCCAAGACGCAGACGCCUGGUAUAGCGGGCUGAAGGGAUUGGCUAAAAGCAGCGGUAAAAAAGAGCUGCUUACCAUACUCUUCGGCCGCAUCGACAUUUUGAGUGCUUUGGACCAGUCCAUUGGAACCGCUAUUCAACAGACUAGAAACCCUCUGUUGAGUGACGCAGACGACGACAUACAGAUCGCAGCAUCCCUCGACAUCGCUCUUUGUGCCGCGUUCGAAGAGAGAUUGCUCCAUUUCCGAUGGAUCAAGCCACCGCCGCAGAGAACACUCACCACGGUUGGCGAUCGGCUCUUGGAGAUGAUCAUACAAGAUGAUCCUGUCCUUCGGUCUAUGGGGUUCUCGGAGGUGAUGAAAACCGUAGAGCGAGAAGCGUAUGGAACAACGUCCUUCCCCAUAGCGGUCUCCCAAACCCUCAGCGACCUGCACGUCAUGGCUGUCUGCUUGGAGGAGAUAAGCAGCCAUCAUCCGUCGAUCUCUGACUGGGUGCAGUAUUCCAGGGUGGCCGACUCUCUACACGCGGGACAGACCGGCAGGCGGCGGCCCUGGCUGGAAAUCCUCGACAAGACGGUCGAAGCAAUGGAAAACGCCGACGAGUUUAAUCUAACUGAAGGGCAUAGGGUUUUCUGGCAACGACUGGACCAGCAGAUGGCAAAGGUAUCACAGAACGACCAAAGUCUCGAAGGCAUAUUUCGCAAGAUAGAACAAACAAUGCCGCUUGGGUCUGAACAGCCUGUGUCAGAAGUUCCGACGGAUGCCUUGGUCUCUAUCUUCAGGAAGGCGCCUGGGACGGCAGCCACCGCGACUCAACUCAAACGAACACGUCGGAGAGGGGGACGACACCAGACUCCCAACCCCAGCCGACCGACCGGGCAGUCGACCCAACGGCCCUUAUGCAGCUCAUUCCCGCGUCACUUGCCACAUACCCAGCUUGGAGAAUCGGACUUUUGGCUGUCGUUACAAGACGGCACUCAGCAGACCUUCUCCUGGGAUGAUCUCUGCAAGGCCAUGUGCAGCCUCGGAUGCAGCAUGGAACCAGCCGGUGGUUCGGCCUUUCGCUUCGUCCUCCGUAAUUCCAAGGGCCAACGAGACUUUUCAAUCGUCUACCACAAACCGCACAACGAGUCCGGCGAGACAACCCUGAACCUGGGCCAAGCCCGACGAUGUUGGCUGAAGAGGCUCGAAAAGUGCAUCAACCGCGAUCGGACUGAGGCCACUUAG